ACACCCACGUUCUUUUUGUCCGUUUAAUAUUUUGGCCGGUAUUUUCUGUCACUACCAUCUUCACCAUUUCGAUUUUCGAACUUCUCUAUUCAAACAGAGCUCGGAAAGUAAAGGAUUUUCCUGGGAAACAAACAGUACAACCGGAGAUUCAACAUUAAUGGCAACAACAACCACCUUCGAUCCCAAAACCCAAAUUUACACAUCCCCAAGACCACCCAUCAACAUACCCACAGAACCAAAUCUCUCUCUUACCUCGUUCCUCUUCCAAUCAAUCUCUAUUAGUUCUUCGCCACAAAACACCGCCCUCGUUGAAUCCGAUUCCGACGAAGCUUUGACCUUUGACCAACUCAAAACCAAUGUCUGUAAGCUCGCUCAUUCUCUUCUCCACCACCUUAGACUCUCUGCAAACGACGUUGUUUUAAUCCUCUCUCGUAACUCCAUUCACUUGCCCGUUUGCUUCCUCGCCGUCGUCUCUCUCGGCGCAAUCUUCACCACCGCAAACCCUGCUUACACGCCGGCCGAAAUUUCUCACCAGUUCAAUGACUGUAAUCCAAAGCUCAUCAUCACAACACCCGAUCUUCUCCAAAAAGUCAAACAAUUCAACGUCCCUGUACUCCUCUUAAAACCCAUUAAAACCCCGUUGCUAAAGACUGAUGAUAAUGUUUUCCUUUACGAAAACUUACUGGAACUGGCUGGCUCGGUAAAUGAGCUUCCAGAGAUUGUUGUGAAACAGAGCGAUGUUGCCGGGUUUCUUUACUCAUCGGGUACGACGGGGAUGAGCAAGGGAGUGAUUUUAACUCACGGAAAUUUUAUAGCGGCGGCUCUUAUAGCGACGGCAGAUCAGGAGCGUUACAAAGAGGAGAGAAACGUGUUUUUGUGUGUUGUCCCGAUGUUUCACGUGCUGGGUUUAUCGGUAAUAGUGUACGCGCAGCUGAGGAGAGGGGACAAGGUCGUGUCGAUAGAAAAGUUCGAGCUUGAGAAGCUGUUGAGGUGCGUGGAGAAGCAGAGGGUUACUCACUUGUACAUGGUGCCGCCAUUGAUGCUUGCGCUGGCCAAGAAGAGGAAGUUGAUGGAAGAGUAUAAUCUGUCGUCGUUGAAAGAAAUCGUGUGCGGUGCGGCGCCGGUGUCGAAGGAGAUGAUGGAGGAGUUGGCUAAGAAAUUGCCUCGUGUUCCUAUUCUUCAGGGAUAUGGAAUGACAGAGACAUGUGGGAUGAUUGCACAAGAAUAUGCAAAACAAGAGUCUCCUUACCAUUCUGGCUCCACUGGAAUCCUUGCUUCCACAUUUCAAUCCAAAAUAAUUUCAGUCUAUUCCUCUAAAGCUCUGCCACCCAAUCAACUAGGAGAAAUAUGUGUUCGAAGCCCCAGUAUCACUCAAGGUUAUCUUAAAAAUCCACAAGCAACGAAGUUAACCAUAGAUGAAGAAGGGUGGUUACAUACAGGAGAUCUUGGAUAUUUUGAUGAAGCUGGAAGAUUGUUUGUUGUGGAUCGAAUAAAAGAACUUAUCAAGUGUUAUGGCUAUCAGGUUGCACCCUUCAAAAGAUUGCGUAAGGUAAGUUUCGUAGCUCAUAUCCCAAAAUCAGCUUCAGGGAAGAUCCUAAGGAGAGAGGUUAGAGACAAAGUUAGAUCGAAAAUUUAA